AACCGAAUAAUCAUGCAUCGAUAUCAUUCCUAACACUAUCGAACAGCAACAGGUCUGCGCGGGCACAAGACCCAGGGAAUAGAAUCAAGAGCCGAGGCCCACGGCGAAAGCAGAAGGAUCACAUUGUAUCAUCGAAUAUAUAGGAGCCUCUUGCUCGCAAAUCACGGUGGCGCCCUUCAGACCCUUUCGACGCUUCCUCGGCCAGCCGCACCCCCACCACAAGCAGAGCCUGCUCCGUUACAUCUUCCCACACGCCCUUCGCCAGCGAUACCGGGAACGCCUGCUCAACUUUCAUCUCGACACGCUCCCCUACUACAAGCACCGCCUGCAGUCGCGCAUCUACCACUACAUCUUGGGCCGCCAGCACCGGCGUCUGGCCAAGACACGCUGGGUCGAUCGAAUCGCGUGGGUAGCGCAGGGGAGUCGGCGGUUUCUAUUAGGACCACCGCCCGUCGCACGCCAGCGUCAUCUCCAGCAACACCACAGGCACAAGAAGAACCAAGGACAGAGCCAGGGAAAUGAUGUGAAGAACAGGACCUCAACAACAGGCGACGAGAAUCUCAAGAUGUCGCAGUGGGGGAGCGGCGGCGGCUAUGAUGACCCGUACGGUGGGCGCGAGCCAGGUGCCAGGCGCAAGAAGCUGGCCGCCUUGGCAAAGAACGUCUAUGCAGCAGGUGUGGCUACUGCAAGCGAGAUCAGAAACCAGUACGACAAUACGAGAUUACGGGGCGUGGUUGACGUCGACGACGCGGCCUACAGGGUGUCGAUCCCUGGGUCUUUCCCAGACGUGGAGAUCGUGACUAAAGGCGAGGAGGAGUUGGUGAUGUUUCCAUCGUACGCCAAGAGACAUAUCAGACAGUUCCGAGAUGAUGGAUCAGCGAUAUCGAGCCACGGCCAGGGGGGCACGGGAGAGAACGCCUUGGCCAACGAGGACUAUUGGCGGAAUGAGUGGGUGAGGGCGGAGGACAAGAAGGCUGUUGUGGAUGUCGACAUCCGAGGGUGGCUAUACAUGCCGCACAGAGGCCCGAUGACACGGAAAAACAGGGUCUUGAUCGGCCUUGCGAGGAGGCUCAGCGGGAUCCCGGCGGAGACACACCAAGGAGCAGGGCAGUUGCAAGGCCUUAGAACAGGCCAUGAGGAACGCGAGGAGAUGAGGGAGCAGCAGAAGAUUGACCAAGAGGCGCAAGAGAUCAUGCGGCGAGGUCAGGCUGAGAAGGAAGCCGCUGUCAGAGGCGGCUACAGCGAGCAGCCUCAGGACGAUGAUUCUGGGGGAGAAGGGAGGAUGUCGCCUACCAGGACCCGUGGCAGCAGCGGCAGCCGCACGCCCUCAACAACCUCGACGACGGCGCCUUCUCCCGGUCUUAGUUCGCGGCCGACGUUUGGUCCCGGUGCACCAGCUGAAUUGACCGAGGCUGAGCUGGCCGUUGCCAAUGCGAACCUCAUGGCCCGACUCGGUCCGUUUCUCACAACACCCUUGGUGCAACAUGCAGUCACCCUCUUCUUCUAUAAUGACAGCCAAUCUCAGUCGAGGACGGUCGAGACGAAUGAUGCAGGCCAUUUCUCCAUGCGAGCAGCGCUUGACUUCGUGCCCACUCACGUCCGUGUCCUGGCGAACGAGGACCUGUCUACUGUCCAGGAAAUCAAGAUCAUCGACGACGAUGGCAUCAGCGUCAUCAGCGACAUCGACGACACCAUCAAGAACUCGAGCAUAUCCAUGGGUGCCCGAGAGAUCUUCCGCAACACCUUCAUCCGCGACCUCAAAGACCUGAGCAUUGAAGGUGUGAGAGAGUGGUACGGAGAGCUCUACAAGAUGGGUGUCAGUUUCCACUACUGUUCCAACAGCCCUUGGCAGCUCUUUCCGGUCAUUGCGACCUUCUUCCGUCAUGCCGGCCUGCCUCCUGGCUCUCUGCACUUGAAGCAGUACAGCGGAAUGUUGCAAGGCAUCUUCGAGCCAGUCGCCGAAAGGAAGAAGGGCACGCUCGAAAAGAUCCUGCGAGACUUUCCGAGACGAAGGUUCAUCCUCGUUGGCGACAGCGGCGAGGCCGACCUGGAAGUGUACACAGACUUGGCGGUUGCACACCCCGGGCGCAUCAUUGCAGUCUUCAUCCGCGAUGUGACAACGCCCGAACAAGCAGGCUACUUCGACGCUGCAGUCAAUGGGCUCUCGUCCAGAAACCCCGAGAAGCGUGGCUCCCGAAAUGACCAACAUGAUCAAAGGCCUCCUCUCCCGGUUCGGGCGGCCAGUGGGCCUCCGAAACCUCAGGGGCCGGCCGAGGGCAUGCUCAUCGACUUUUCGGAGGAGCCUGAGCCGAUCAGCUCAAAUAUGGAACAGAGGCCUGAACAAUCGAGGAAAACCUCGGGCACUGAUGAUCUUGCUUCUCUGGCGGCACGCAAGAAGCCGCCACCUCCACGUCCUAACAAGCCAGAGGCACUGAAGGGCGAGGCGGCGAUGACCACCCAGAUCCAGAAUGCUGUCCUACAUCCUCUGGCACAGAUCCAGAAUCUGUCCGAGCAAAGUCUUGGGAGCAGCGCUGGGCCGAGUCCUAGCAAUGGCCCGAACAACAGCAGCACCAACUUGUCCUCCAACACAUCUGCCAAGUCUUCCUCUCGUGCCGCUUCAUCCCCCGGAUCUGCCUCUACGGCGUCCACCAGACAACCGCCUCCACCUCCACCCCCAAGGCGGCGCGUCACACCACUCCUCAAUCUGAGCCCACGCUCUCGUGCCCUCCGACACUCCAACUCGAACCCAGACAUUGAGAGGCUCGAUUUGAACGCUGCCACCGCCACUCCAAGAUCCGAAUCUCGACCCCCGCCAGCCAGAGUAAACACAGCAAGCACAUUCGACUCCAUGCUUGGCACCAGUCAGCAGCAGGCGGGACAAUACAUGCCCAUCAACAAGAAAUUAGAGCUAUGGAGGCGACGCCUGGAGAGAGCACACGAUAUCCUAGACCGCGAGGGGGUGCAGCUUUACACGUGGCGCCGGGGCGAAGACGUGGUGCUAGAGGCUGUUGGGCUUGUCAGAGAGGCUCUCAAGGACAGGAGGAGGAAGAGCUGA